GCGGCCGCGUCGCUGAAUCCGGCGCAGUCACACGGGCGCAUUUGCGCGGGCGCAUUCAACUCCACGUAAAUAAUAAACAACAUUUCGCAGUUCAAUAAUUUCGAUAAGUAACGUGUGAAGUGUUCGUAUUGUGAAUCUAGACCAGCAGCAGCGGUUAUGCAUCUCAAAGUACUCGAGGGAUGAGAUGCAGGAAAGGCUUGUCCGAGCCCCCAGAAAAUUACCGGUGCUACUCGGGAAGAUAUUGCUUCGUUGGAUAUUCACAAAAGCUGAUAUAGUUUUCUUCGCUUAUCGUUUCAUUUGGUAUGCGUGUCACUUGCAAAUCCGGUCAUCGAUGAAUAGCAGCGUGGAUUUCUUCGAGAGUCUCAUAGAUGAAGAUGGAAGGUUCGCAGAGCUCAACUGCCAGGAGCCCGUGAGGAGGCAUAGACACACAAGGCCGUUGAUCCAAGCGGAAAACAUCAAUAAUGGCGGGGGAUUGUCUCUGUCUCCGCCUCAUACUAUUUCGCAACGGGAGACGGGCACUCAAGUGUCGCAAUGCUACAGUGGACCGCCGUCCCCCUGCGGCUCCACAAACUCCGCGCCCUCUCCCACGGCAUCCCCCGCGCCGCCGCCUGGCAGCGCCACUCUCGACCCCAACUGGCAGGCCACAAAGCCCACUGUUCGUGAACGAAAUGCAGCUAUGUUUAACAAUCAGCUCAUGUCGGAUGUAACUUUUAUUGUUGGUGGACCAGGUCACACACAAAUAAUACCGGCACACAAAUACGUAUUAGCUACUGCAAGCUCUGUUUUUUAUGCUAUGUUUUAUGGAGGCUUGGCUGAAUGUAAACAAGAAAUAGAAGUUCCUGAUGUGGAACCACAGGCAUUCCUCACUUUACUAAAAUAUUUAUAUUGUGAUGAAAUACAAUUAGAAGCUGACACUGUUUUAUCAACAUUGUAUGUUGCAAAGAAGUAUAUAGUACCAUAUUUGGCAAGAGCCUGCGUCAGCUAUUUGGAAACAAGUCUCACAGCAAAAAACGCAUGUCUCCUACUUAGUCAAUCAAGGCUGUUUGAGGAACCAGAACUAAUGCAGAGAUGCUGGGAAGUGAUAGAUGCACAGGCAGAGAUGGCCCUAACUUCUGAGGGAUUUGUCGACAUUGAUGUAUCAACGCUUGAAUCGGUAUUAGCAAGAGAGACUCUAAAUUGCAAAGAAAUUAAUUUAUUUGAGGCUGCUUUAGCAUGGGCCCACGGCGAAUGCGUGAGACGAGAAAUAGAACCAUCUCCAACAAACAAGAGAGCAAUGCUUGGAAGUGCCAUAUACUUAAUUAGAUUCCCGACUAUGUCAUUGGAAGAGUUUGCAAACAGUGCAGCACAGCUUGGAAUUUUGACACCCCAAGAGACAAUAGAUAUAUUUCUACACUUCACAGCAGCAGCUAAGCCACAACUGGCCUAUCCAAUCAAAGCUAGGGCUGGACUGAAGGCACAGAUUUGCCACAGGUUCCAGUCAUGUGCUUACAGAAGCAAUCAAUGGCGGUAUCGUGGACGGUGCGACUCUAUACAGUUCUGUGUAGAUAAAAGAAUAUUUGUUGUUGGUUUCGGAUUAUAUGGCUCUUCUAAUGGUGCAGCUGAUUAUAAUGUUAAGAUAGAAUUAAAACGUUUGGGUAGAGUGUUAGCAGAAAAUAAUACAAAGUUUUUCUCUGAUGGAUCAAGCAACACAUUCCAUGUGUAUUUUGAAAAUCCAAUACAAAUUGAACCGGAAUGCUUUUAUACGGCAUCUGCUAUUUUGGACGGUAGUGAGUUAAGUUAUUUUGGCCAAGAAGGUUUGAGUGAAGUGUACAUGGGUACUGUUACAUUUCAAUUCCAUUGUUCAUCUGAGAGUACAAAUGGAACUGGGGUGCAAGGGGGUCAAAUACCAGAACUAAUAUACUAUGGUCCCACCAUAAAUACUGCAAUAAGCAACCCAAAUACAAACGAGGACUGACAGUUGAGUAGGACACGGCCUCUCAACUAUUACUCUGUUUGAACAAUGGCCAGGCAAUUUAAAUAUGAACGGGAGAAUCUAAUAUUUAUUAUAUAGCACUAUCAUUCCCUUGUAUAAUUUUUUGUUGAAAUUUGAAGUUCUUGUGUAUAUUGUUGAUCUUUAUAGAAACUAAAUUAAGAAUGUGAUAUGGGUGUUGUAAAGCUCUCUAGAAAUUUUUAGGUGUAGACAAAAAGCAUG